AUGGCGACCACCUCGAGAAGAAAUGAGCGGAAGAUGAUAUCCACCCGCAUCCUGAUCAUAUCGGACACGCACGCCCAGCUACCCUUGCAGCCAGGUGAAGGAGCAUCUCCGCCGGCGGCGGUGGUGCCGUUCCAGGCCCCGCUCCCCGCGGCCGACGUGCUCAUCCACUGCGGCGACUUGACGAUGAACGGGGCGCUUUCGCAGCACGAAGCCGCCGCGACCUUGCUAAGGAGCAGCUCAGCGCCGCCGCUCAAGAUCGUGGUCCCGGGUAACCACGACAUCACGCUCGACAAGGCCUACUACGCCCGCUUCCCGCGCCUGCACGCCCACUACGAGACGUACGCGGACGACACGCUCGGCCGCAUCCGCGAGCUGUAUACCGGUCAAAGGGCGAGGGAUGCCGGGAUCAGGUACCUCGAGGAAGGGGUCGCGGCGUUUACGCUGGCGAAUGGUGCCCGCUUGACACUCUAUGCGAGCGCGUGGCAGCCAGAGUUUUGUAAUUGGGCGUUUGGAUAUGAGAGGGGUGUCGAUAGGUUUAAUCCCCCGCGUUCACGCACUCAGGGAAGAGGAGAUGGAGACAGAGAUGAGGGAGACGGAGAUGCAGAAGAAGAAGGAGGUCAAAGGGACGGACAUCGUUCUGUCGAGCACGAACCACCCUCUCCAGUCCCCGUCCCCGUCCCCGACCACGGAGAAAUCGACAUCGUCGUCACCCACGGUCCCCCAAGGGGCAUCUUGGACAAGGUCUGGGCUCCCGGGCCCGACGGCGUGAAUCACGGCGAGAACGUCGGCUGUGACCAUCUCCGCAGGGCGGUUGGGCGGUGUCGACCGCGGAUUCAUUGCUUUGGACAUAUUCACGAGGCGUGGGGGGCGGUGUGGAAGAGGUGGCAUGAUGGGAAGGACGGGGGUGAUGUCGGUCGUGACGAGCAUGGUGAUGGGACCGAGACUGACAAAAGAGAGGGGAGGGGAGACAAACAGGAUGGGUCUGCGACCAGGCCUGGCAAUGUCGAAGAUGUUUCUUUUCCUUCCUACUCGAUGACCGAGCAGAGACAGCGACGACAAACCCAACAAGACCCAACCACCUCACCCUCACAAAUUCCCAACCCGCCAUACCACCCCAAGGACAACCCCAGCUGCUACUACAUGUACAAGACACAGAACGCGCAACAGGACGUCCCCGGCGGCGAAACACUCCUCCAGCCCGACCCCUACGAAGAGCAGAUUCGGCAGAGGUGCGCGACGACCGUGGACGCGCGCGGGCUCGACUUCGGCGCCGAGACGCUCUUUGUCAACGCGAGCAUCAUGAAUCUCCGGUAUAGGCCGGUGAAUGCGCCGUGGGUGGUCGAUGUCAUGUUGCCUGAGGCGGAGGAUGGGGAUCAGGGAAGAGGGACGAGGGACGAUGAAUGA